CCAUUUCACCCACCAUUUCACCCACCCACCAUCUCAACCACCUACCAUCUCACCAUCCCACUCACCCACCACCACCACCACCACACCACCACCACAGCGAUGCCACCACCACCGCCCCCGUGGUGCCGCCGCGUUGUCCGCGUGUCUCGCCGCUGCCUCGUCACGGCGCUCGCCCUUCCCCUCCUCCUUGCCGCCGUGUGGCUCACCCUCACCUCCACCUCCUCCUCCACCACCUCCUCCACCUCCUCCUCCUCGUCGUCGGCGCUGUCGUCGUUCCUGCUGGCGCUGAGCGGCCACCACCACCACGGCCACCACCACGGCCGCGGCCGGGAGUCUGACCCGGGCCCCGUCUGGUCUGUGGCGAGGGGGCGCGCGGCCGGAUUUGCCAUCCGAGGCCACCGGCCCUCCAUGGAAGACCGCUUCACCAUCGGCUCGCGCGUCUACGGCACGCCCGGCGGCUACGGUGGUGGCGGCUACGGUGGUGGCGGCUACGGUGGUGGCGGCUACGGUGCAGGAGGAGAUUACGGCGAAGAUGACGGUGACGGCGGUGGUGGACGAGGAAGUGAUGAGGACGAUGGCCGUGACGAUGAGGAGGACGAUGAGGACAUGAACAGCACCCACAGGAUCUACGGCCUCUUUGACGGCCACGGGGGAGAGGCCGCGGUCGACUUCGUGUCGCGGACGUUGCCGCGGAGGCUGCGGGCGACUCUGGCGUCGUCCCCGCCGGGCCGGCAGGACGACGGGGCGGCGCUGCGGGCGCUGGUGGCGCGAGAGAUCCUCGCCACGGACGAGGCCUUGCUGCGUCACCUGGACGACAUCGGCGGGGACGAGUCUGGGUCGACGUGUGUGCUGGCGGUGGUGAGCGGCGACUCGCUCACCGUGGCGAGUGUGGGAGACUCGAGGGCCGUGGUGAGCGACGGGGAUGGCCGUGCGGUGCCGCUCACCACGGAGCACAAGCCGUACCUCCCCGCUGAGCGCAGACGCAUACAGCGCGCCGGCGGCUUCAUCCGCCUGAGUGGCGUGUGGCGUGUGCAGGGCGAACUGGCGAUGUCGCGGGCUCUGGGCGACGCUCGUCUCAAGCGCCUCGGGGUGAUCACGGCGCGUGCCGACGUGGCCACCGUGGCCCUGGGAGGCCCACCGGGGGGGCCACCGGGAGGCCCACCGGGAGGCCCACCGGGAGGCCCACCGGGAGGGCCGCCGCUCUUUCUGUUGCUCGCAUCCGACGGCCUCUGGGACGCCGUGAGCAGCCAGGAGGCGGUGGACCUGGCGCGGAGACACGCCGGCGGGCCGCUGAUGGGCGCCGGGAGGCUGGCGGCCGAGGCCUUCCGCAGGGGCAGCCGGGACAACGUGGCCGUGCUGGUGGUGAGGGUGGACCGGGGCGGCCGAGAUUGAAGGGCGGGGCAGGGGGGGGGGUCAAUCGGGGGGCUACCCACGGAGGGAGUUCGGUGGACGGUCGGCGACCUUCGGAAGCGUCUAAGUGAAGGUGGUUUUUGGGGUUGAGAGGUCAUCCCGAUGUUGUAGAUUGGCACCCCGGUACCCCCCCCCACCCCCCCUCUCGACCCCCUGACCCCACCGGGGUUCACGGGGCAGGAGGGUCAACCGGGAGGCUACUCACGGAGGAGGUUCGAUGGACGGUCGGCGACCUUCGGAACUGCCGAGGUGAAGGUGAUUUUUGGGGUCGAGAGGUCAUCCCGAUGUUGUGGAUUCACACCCCGUUCCCCCCCCCCCUCUGCCCCACGCCGGGGUUCACGGGGAGGGGUCAUCCGGGGGGAUGGACGGACCGCUGAGCGGGACACGGGCCAAUCGGCGACAUCCGGAACGGCCGAGGGUCAGGGUGGGAUCAGGGUCAAGAGGUCAUCGCGAUAUUGUGGUUGUUCAUCACUUGCACGCACGUGAUGAUGCACGUCAUCACACAGAGACCCAUAGACUCAUCACACAGAGACCCAUAGACUCAUCACACAGAGACCCACAGACUCAUCACACAGAAACCCAUAGACUCGUCACACAGAGACCCAUAGACUCAUCACACAGAGACCCAUAGACUCAUCACGCAGAGACCCAUAGACUCGUCACACAUAGACCCAUAGACUCAUCACACAGAGACCCAUAGACUCAUCACGCAGAGACCCAUAGACUCAUCACACAGAGACCCAUAGACUCAUCACACAGAGACCCACAGACUCAUCACACAGAGACCCACAGACUCAUCACACAGAGACCCACAGACUCAUCACACAGAGACCCAUAGACUCGUCACACAGAGACCCACAGACUCAUCACACAGAGACCCACAGACUCAUGACACAGAGACCCACAGACUCAUCAUAGACUCAUCACACAGAGACCCAUAGACUCAUCAUAGACUCAUCACACAGAGACGCCGGUCGUUUAAAAGUGGUUUUGGUGUUGUUUGUAUUGUUUUAAUGAUUGUCAAUAAUACGCUAUACACUACACUAUACAAUACAUUACACUAUACACUACACUACACUAUACACUACACUACACACUACACUACACUACAUACUACACUAUACACUACACUACUAUACACUACACUACUAUACACUAUACUACUACACUAUUAUACACUAUACUAGUACACUACUAUACACUACACUACUAUACACUAUACACUACACUACUAUACACUACACACUACACUAUGCACUACACUACCAUACACUAUACACUACACUAUACACUAUAUACUACACUACUAUACACUACACUAUACACUACACUACACACUAUACUACUAUACACUACACUAUACACUACACUAUACACUACACUACUAUACACUACACUAUACACUACACUAUACACUACACUACUAUACACUACACUAUACACUACACCAGUGGUUCUUAACCUGCGGUGCAUCACGCCCUGGGGGUGCAUGAAGCCCUCUCUGGAGGCGAGCGAGACUUUGCCCGGAUUUUUUUCGACGGUGAAUCAUCAAAAACACGAAUUAACCCACGGGCUGCACGUCACGUUACGACUUUGUUCCAUCAAACCCUGCGUAAGUUAUUAAGAUUGUUGAAAAAUAUAUAACGAGUGAGAAACCAAAGGGGUGCAAAGGCUGCAGUACAGGGUAAGAGCCACCGGUUUAUAUUGUUGUUAUUGUUGUUGAUGUUGAUGAGCACGUGCAAAACAAAACAAAAAAACUCUGUGUAUUUGGGCCUCCCGCAGAGGUCGAAACCGGGUACCCGAUACCCGUACCCUACCCGAUACCCAGCUACCCGUACCCAGCCGGGUACGGGUACCCGUUUGCGACCCUCGUGCGGCCGGGUACGGGUAGGCCGUGAGUCACUGGUGAGUCACCGUUUGUCACUCAUUUCCCAACGUCUUGUCUCUUCUCACAAUUCAAGUUCCUAGAAUCAACCCACCCGCGCCUGCAACAUGGCUUCAUCCCAGAGGUCGCAAUCGGGUACCCGAUACCCGUACCAUACCCGAUACCCGGCCGAGUACGGGUAGGGUACGGGUAUGGCCGGGUACGGGUACCCAAUUGCGACCCUGGUGCGGCCGGGUAUGGGUACGGGUAAGGAAUCAAAACCCGUUUGCGACCUCUGACCUCCCGUGAGACGCUUUUCAGCUCAGGCUGAAGGGUUCUCAUGCACCGGACGGACAGACGUACGGACGGACGGACGGACGUCCAUCUGUAACGUGGUGGGGGAGAUAUACUCUUAGUUUUUUCGGUAAAGUCACGUGGGUAAAAAAUGUAAUUCAAAUUAAUAACAGUAAAAUAAUAAAAAUCACGACGUUUCGGAGGCAACACAAGUCUUCGUCAUCAGGUGGGACCAUCACAGCCAGAUUUGCUGUAUCAAGUGAGGCAAAAAUUCCAAAUUCAGAUUCCAAAGAACACAGGAUGAGAUGUUACUAUCCUUUGUGCAAGCACUUCCACGAGUUCACGAACAGUGAGCCUGGUGAAAUUUGGGGAGCGCAUCGUCAGUAGUGACCCUUUGGUUCCUAGGGUGUUUCGGCCUUUCAUACUAUACACCCUCCCCAAAGGCGGCCAGCGACAGGGUGAUCAAUCCUACGCUUGCGUCCCAUUCCCAAUUAGUCAUAGGAGUUGCCUUGUUGUUGGUAGCCAACAUCCCAAGAUACAAGUUCUUAAAUACAAGUUAAGGGGGAGGAGGGGGGGUGGAGCUUGUCAGAAUGUGGUAGCCAAUGAAUGGAACGUAUUGGGAGGGGGGGGGCUAAAAGAGAGCACGAGGUGUACGUGGUGGGGGGAGGGUCACGGUGGCUCUCGUAAAGUCGAUCCGAUAAGAUUGAAACUCCAUUGGAACCUCAUUUGCCAGUAAAAAAUAUGAUAAUUGUUUUUUUACCCUUCUAUCUGGCAACAAAACUGACACCUUUUUUACGAGGAGUCAUGUUUGCAUAGACCACAAUACCUGUGUGCAUACAUUAUCAGAGUUGUGUUUUUUGUUUGCAUUACGACUGCAGGUAUUGUGGUCUAUGCAAACAUGAGUCCUUGUAAAAAGGUGUCAGUUUUGUUGCCAGAUAGAAGGGUAAAAAAACAAUUAUCAAGAUUGAAACUCUCGCAGGAAGUUGUGUCGCUGACGGGGACUUGCCGCUGGAGGAGGCCGGACGCGUUGACCGCAGGGUUAAUGCGUGAGCUCCAGAGGUCGCAAACGGGUUUUGAUUCCUUACCCGUACCCGGCCGCACCAGGGUCGCAAACGGGUACCCGUACCCGGCCGGGUACGGGUACCCGUUCCCUACCCGUACCCUACCCGAAAUGAGUGACAAACGAUGACUCACCAGUGACUCACGGUCUACCCGUACCCUACCCGAAAUGAGUGACAAACGGUUACUCACCAGUGACUCACGGUCUACCCGUACCCUACCCGAAAUGAGUGACAAACGGUUACUCACCAGUGACUCACGGUCUACCCGUACCCGUACCCUACCCGAAAUGAGUGACAAACGGUUACUCACCAGUGACUCACGGCCUACCCGUACCCGUACCCUACCCGAAAUGAGUGACAAACGAUGACUCACCAGUGACGGUCUACCCGUACCCUACCCGAAAUGAGUGACAAACGGUUACUCACCAGUGACUCACGGCCUACCCGUACCCUACCCGAAAUGAGUGACAAACGGUGACUCACCAGUGACUCACGGCCUACCCGUACCCGGCCGCACCAGGGUCGCAAACGGGUACCCGUACCCGGCCGGGGACGGGUAGCCGGGUAUCGGGUAGGGUACGGGUAUCGGGUACCCGGUUGCGACCUCUGGUGAGCUCCGUGUGGCCCGUCUUCUGUAACCUUGUGGGUUGUCUUCACGAUGGCUGUCGUAGAGUCGAUCCGAUAAGAUUCUGUAACUCUCGCGGGAAGUCGUGUCGCCGUUAGAGACUCGCGUGAGCUCCGCGUGUCUCGUCCGUGCAAUGCUGUGGAGGGUCGGGAGGUUCACGGUGGCUCUCGUAGAGUUGAUCAGAGAUAUGAGCGCAACUCCAGCGGGAAGUUGAGUUACUAAUUUCGUCCAAUCACAGGCAGAGUUACAACCAGGAAGUGACCGAUGACUAAGCCUCACCGUGACUCGUUCCGACCAAUCACAGGCAGAGUUACAACCAGGAAGUGACUGAUGACAAAGCCUCACCGUGACUCAUUUCGUCCAGUCACAGGCAGAGUUACAACCAGGAAGUGACUAAUGACUAAGCCUCACCGUGACCCGUUUCGUCCAAUCACAGGCAGAGUUACAACCAGGAAGUGGCUGAUGACUAAGCCUCACCGUGACUCAUUCCGUCCAAUCACAGGCAGAGUUACAACCAGGAAGUGGCUGAUAACUAAGCCUCACCGUGACUCGUUCCGUCCAAUCACAGGCAGAGUUACAACCAGGAAGUGACUGAUGACUAAGCCUCACCGUGACUCGUUCCAUCCAAUCACAGACAGAGUUACAACCAGGAAGUGGCUGAUGACUAAGCUUCACCGUGACCCGUUCCGUCCAAUCACAGGCAGAGUUACAACCAGGAAGUGACUGAUGACUAAGCCUCACCGUGACUCAUUCCGUCCAAUCACAGGCAGAGUUACAACCAGGAAGUGACUGAUGACUAAGCCUCACCGUGACCCGUUUCGUCCAAUCACAGGCAGAGUUACAACCAGGAAGUGACUGAUGACGAAGCCUCACCGUGACUCGUUACGUCCAAUCACAGGCAGAGUUACAACCAGGAAGUGAUUGAUGACUAAGCCUCACCGUGACUCGUUGCGUCCAAUCACAGGCAGAGUUACAACCAGGAAGUGAUGACGAAGCCUCACCGUGACUCGUUACGUCCAAUCACAGGCAGAGUUACAACCAGGAAGUGAUUGAUGACUAAGCCUCACCGUGACUCAUUCCGUCCAAUCACAGGCAGAGUUACAACCAGGAAGUGACCGAUGACUAAGCCUCACCGUGACUCGUUUCGACCAAUCACAGGCAGAGUUACAACCAGGAAGUGGCUGAUGACGAAGCCUUACCGUGACUCGUUACGUCCAAUCACAGGCAGAGUUACAACCAGGAAGUGAUUGAUGACUAAGCCUCACCGUGACUCGUUACGUCCAAUCACAGGCAGAGUUACAACCAGGAAGUGGCUGAUGACUAAGCCUCACCAUGACUCGUUCCGUCCAAUCACAGGCAGAGUUACAACCAGGAAGUGGCUGAUGACUAAGCCUCACCAUGACUCGUUCCGUCCAAUCACAGGCAGAGUUACAACCAGGAAGUGACCGAUGACUAAGCCUCACCGUGACACGUUCCGUCCAAUCACAGGCAGAGUUACAACCAGGAAGUGACUGAUGACUAAGCCUCACCGUGACUCAUUCUGUCCAAUCACAGACAGAGUUACAACCAGGAAGUGACUGAUAACUAAGCGUCACCGUGACCCGUUCCGUCCAAUCACAGACAGAGUUACAACCAGGAAGUGACUGAUGACUAAGUCUCACCGUGACUCGUUCCGUCCAAUCACAGACAGAGUUACAACCAGUAAGUGACGGAUGACUAAGCUACACCGUGACUCAUUUCGUCCAAUCACAGGCAGAGUUACAACCAGGAAGUGGCUGAUGACUAAGCCUCACCGUGACUCGUUCCGUCCAAUCACAGGCAGAGUUACAACCAGGAAGUGACUGAUGACUAAGCCUCACCGUGACCCGUUUCGUCCAAUCACAGGCAGAGUUACAACCAGGAAGUGGCUGAUGACUAAGCCUCACCGUGACUCGUUCCGUCCAAUCACAGGCAGAGUUACAACCAGGAAGUGGCUGAUGACUAAGCCUCACCGUGACCCGUUUCGUCCAAUCACAGGCAGAGUUACAACCAGGAAGUGGCUGAUGACUAAGCCUCACCGUGACUCAUUCCGUCCAAUCACAGGCAGAGUUACAACCAGGAAGUAGCUGAUGACUAAGCCUCACCGUGACCCAUUUCAUCCAAUCACAGGCAGAGUUACAACCAGGAAGUAGCUGAUGACUCAGCCUCACCGUGACCCGUUUCAUCCAAUCACAGGCAGAGUUACAACCAGGAAGUGACUUAUGACUAAGCCUCACCGUGACCCGUUUCGUCCAAUCACAGGCAGAGUUACAACCAGGAAGUGACUGGUGACUAAGCCUCACCGUGACUCGUUUCGUCCAAUCACAGGCAGAGUUACAACCAGGAAGUGACUGAUGACUAAGCCUCACCGUGACUCGUUCCGACCAAUCACAGGCAGAGUUACAACCAGGAAGUGACUGAUGACUAAGCCUCACCGUGACCCGUUUCGUCCAAUCACAGGCAAAGUUACAACCAGGAAGUGACUGAUGACUAAGCCUCACCGUGACCCGUUUCGUCCAAUCACAGGCAGAGUUACAACCAGGAAGUGACUGAUGACUAAGCCUCACCGUGACUCGUUCCGUCCAAUCACAGACAGAGUUACAACCAGGAAGUGAUACUAAGCCUCACCGUGACCCGUUUCGUCCAAUCACAGACAGAGUUACAACCAGGAAGUGACUGAUGACUAAGCCUCACCGUGACUCAUUCCGUCCAAUCACA